UCCUCGAUCUCGACCUCGACGCACGCGUCGCACACCUCCCUUCCUUUCCUUCUCCUCCAUGGACUACUAGCCAUCUCCUUCCCCAUAUUCCCCCAGUCAACCUCGUCCUCCCGCGCCCAUUAACCCGACCCAGGAAUCAAUAAGAUUUGGGAGCCUUCCUUCCUUCCUUCGGCGCGCGCCCAAAACAGAGCCACACCUAGCCUGCCUGCGUGCGUGCCAUACUGUCUGUGUGCUAUCCAUGUUGUCCAUGGCGCCUCUGCCGUAAGCAGAGAGGAGAGGGACGACAGACAGACAACACGAAAAGCGUGGGAGCGGGCCAAGAAAGCCUUUUUAUAGGCCGCGCACUUUGUUUAGCCCUCCGAUUCCCGAGUUUUAUUAAUACCGUCGUGGGCGGGCGGGCGGGCGUUCCCUCCGGCCGGCCUCGGUGUGCAUGGGCGCCGGACGCGCCGGGAGGUCCUCCGCGGCGGCGCCAUGACCACGACGACCACGACGGCGACAGCGGCGGCGGGGCCUGCCGCCAUGAACGUGGGGGUGCCGCAGCUCUGCGGCGGCGCCGGCGGGGGAGGAGGUGGGCGGGGCCGGCGGCGCAGGCCGACCGACCUCCGGUGGGCGCGCCUGCUCCGCCUGGCCGUCGCCACCAGGGUCGUGCGGCUCGUCUGGGACCAGCUGCUCGCCUGCUCCUCCUGCGGCGGCGGCGGCGGGCGGUACCGCCGUCUCGGCCCGCCGCCGCACGGCGGGGACGUGAUGUGUCCCGUUCCGAUUGAAGACGACGAUGGCGGCGGCGCGGGCGCCGACCCCGAUGCGGGGGAGGUCGAGGACGUGGUCGGCCUCAAGGUCAGCCUGCUCGGGGAUUGCCAGAUCGGCAAGACCAGCUUCAUGGUUAAGUAUGUUGGAGAUGAUGGGGAGGAACAGAACGGCUUGCAGAUGACGGGUCUGAACCUGAUGGACAAGACGCUGGCAGUCCGGGGCGCUAGGCUCGCCUUCAACAUCUGGGAUGUGGCAGGAGACAGCCAGUCCAUUGACCACGUCCCGAUCGCGUGCAAGGACGCCGUGGCGAUCUUGUUCAUGUUCGACCUCACCAGCCGGUGCACGCUCAAUAAUACUAUAGAUUGGCACGAGAGGGCAAGGAAAUGGAAUAAGACGGCUAUUCCAAUUCUAAUCGGAACGAAGUUUGACGACUUCGCUCAGCUUCCUCUUGAGAUGCAAUGGACAAUUGUUAACGAGGCCAGAGCAUACGCAAGAGCGAUGAAGGCGACCCUCUUCUUCUCGAGCGCGACGCACAACAUCAACGUGAACAAGAUCUUCAAGUUCAUCACGGCCAAGCUCUUCAACCUGCCCUGGACGGUGGAGCGCAACCUCACCGUCGGCGAGCCCAUCAUAGACUUCUGAUCUUCUCAUCACAACUAAUUUAGACACAUACAGACCACACGCAAGCCCCCACACGGGAGGAGAGGCCAUCUUGAUGGAUUUUGCGUCCUUUCUCCUGCUAACCCCCAACCCGAUCUUCGCCUCUCGGUGUACGUCCUGUCGAUCGAGGCAGGCAAGAUACGCGGCAUUGUACAUAUGUAUAGGUGUUUAUGAGUGCGUACGUUCGUCCCCUGUGCUGUGCAUCCGGCAUCCCGGCCCGGCCCUUCUCUUGGAGAGGAAACAGAGCGAGAUGUUCGUCGUCGCUCCGUCUCGCCCUGCUGUAUGUAGAGGAAAAUUCCAUCCAUGUAAUAUACACGCCCCCAUUUUUCUCUCCA